AUGUCCACAGAGCUCACAGAUGACGAACGUAAAUUGAUUCGUCAUGAGCUCAACACCUGGGACGCUAAGAAGUCAAAAUCAAAGAAGAUCAGUAAGUAUCGCAAGAAUGGGAGAAAAAGUAUUCAAAGAUCACAAUCCCUGAUCCCAACCUUCUCUUCUCCUGUCUUCGCUACAUCCCCACCAUCAACUCUGGCUAGGCCAGUUUCUGAUGUGGAGAGUGUUGUAAGUCGCGAAUCAGAUUGCGAAAUCAUUGGAGAGAUCCGAAACAUACCUUCCUCCUCCCAAGCCGUCCCAGACUACGAUUCAGAUAGCGAAGUCGAAAUCAUCGAUUUCCAAAGUGUACCUUUGUCAUCUCAAACUCUUCUCGACAGGGAGUUGACCAUUUCCAACUCAGAUGUUGAGGAAAUACCUAAAGCUCAUGAUGGCAUAGAUGUUCUGCUCAUCCUAUAUGUUGCGGCAAAUGACGCACACUUCCGUUGGUAUUCCCCCCUGCGUGAUGGAGCAUUCAGCCCAUUUUCCGAUUUCGCACUGCGAGAGGCGCUUGGCUUCCCAGACAACAGAUAUGCAAUAUACGAUACUUACCUCAAGGAAUUCGUACAUUUGCCGUCUUAUUGUAGCUUCCAAGUUCAGGCCGGCGAAUUCUUCAUUCUUCGACAGCUGGAUCUUACUGACAAGGAUUGUCCGGAUGUCACCAAUUUCAUUCGCAAGAGUGACAAAUUUUCUUCUUCCAGGCUUACGGCGGGAGCUGCAUCACAGGAUUUGAAAGGAAAACGCAAGGCGCAAGAUGAGUGGGAUGAUAUUGUGAAGGAAUCUAAGCACAUGAAGAGGGAUUGUGUUUUAAUGGGUGGACCUGUAUGA